AGAGUCCAGCGGUAACUGGCAGUUCAGACCAGUUUCGUUUAAAAACUGGAAUUUCGUUGUGUUCGGCUGGUUCGGCUGUAGACUGUGGCCGUGUGUGUCGGAAUGGCGAGGCGUCAGUUGAUCUCCAAAUGUCUUGCGGCAGCUUGCAUUAACAGACCUCUUUGUGUUCAGGUGCAAACUUCAUCUAGGAAUGUUACUGGAAAACGUGGAGUUGCUGUGAAGAGUCCAGGCUUUGGUCACCCACCACCCCUCCUCCUCCACAUCCCCCCGCUGGUCACUCGGCCACAGUUACAACACUUCUCCACAGCUUCUCACGCGGUCAAGUGUGCUAAGUCAGUCACAGAAAUCCCCACAGUACAAUAUGAUGAAAUCAGGUCAUCUCAGAAAGGACUUUUGAAAUGGCUGCAGCAGAUCAACGAAGCCGGCUUAAGCAUUGUGAAAGGUGUUCCCACUGAGGAUUCCAUGGUUCUUGAAGUUGCUGAAUUGAUAGCCCCGGUAUCCAAAGGAAUCUACGGAUAUACUUUCGACGUGGAGGCUAUGCCAGACGCCAUCAACGUGGCCUACACCAACGUGCACCUUGACUUACACAUGGACUUGGUCUACUUUGAGUCUCCGCCGGGCCUACAGCUGCUGCAUUGUCUCAAAUUUGAUCAACAAGUUGAGGGAGGGGAGAGUGUUUUCCUCGAUGUUUUCUCCAUUGUCGAUGAGUUCAGAGCAGAGUACCCGCAUCUGUUCGAUACCCUGACCAAAGUACCGGCAACUUUCCAGAAAGUGCAUUAUGACAGAGACUAUCCUGUCCAUAUAGUGAAUCAAAAACCCCAUAUUAAGCUGAAUCAUCUUGGUGAGGUGAUUGCUGUGUAUUGGGCUCCGCCAUUUGAAGGUCCUCUUGCCGUUGCUGCUGAAGAUGUAGAAAACUACUACAGGGCGUAUGAAAUGUUUGCAAAGGCCUUGGCUGAAUCUGCCCACAUGUUGAGAUACCGACUGCAACCAGGAGACCUUGUUAUAUUUAACAACCUGCGGAUUUUACACGGGCGGGAUCACUUUACUCUUAAUGGAGGGAUGCGGCAUCUCAAGGGCUGUUACCUGAACAUAGAUCUGUUCAAGAGCAAGACGCAGGUCCUCAGCAAACUGGUCGGGGACGGGCGGCCGGCCAAACGUGUCGGGAACCAGUGCUUCUUUUGAUGUGGCUUUCCGCACACCCUGACUCAGGGUGACCCGGUUCAUGGAUGAUGACCUACAUAUCACAAGCCGCAUUUCAAUGGAACGGAGGUCUUUAAUGAUACAUGUGUCGUCAAUUGUGAGGCAUCAUGGUGAAAUCAGGCGCUCGUCAAAAUAACGAAAUCGGAGAAACAGGCACUUUUCGGCCAUUUAGGCAAUUUUUAGCGAAUUUUUGUUUUUUGACUCAAAUCCUUUUAAAACAUAUUUCUUUUUUAACUUUGCUGAAAAACGUUGAUUAAAGGCACAAAAUAUCAUUUUUUCAGUUUUCAAGGACUGGAAUAAGGCCAACCAAAUUUUGGAUGCCAUUUUCUCGCUAAUUUGAUCACUAAAACCAGACGACCUCACCUCCUUCAAUCGUGAAUAUCUUG